AUGGCCUACUCCAGCAGAUCCAAACAGGUUAUUCAGCCCAGCAAGUCAACUCGUUACGUUCUUGUAAUGAGACAAGCAAAUUACAGGUAUACCGCCUUUGAGAUUUCCGGACAUCGGUUUGGAGACCUCCGUCGCUCUUACGUGGGACUCGGAUGGCGAGAGCAACAACCUGGUCCGCAAACCGAUCUUUUGACCAAAAACCGCGCGUAUUCGUCCCAAGUUCCUUAUAAAUUCCCAGAGCUCCAACCCUAUCAAACCAUCUGCGGGCCCAAACGUCAUGGACGAGGAGCAGAUGAACCUCCAACUGGGCCGGGAACCUCCGACAUCCUGGCCACUAAAGAUCCUGGCCAACAUCCCAAACACCGUCAACUAGGACGCCAGAAGCCAUCCAACAUACUGGAUGCCAUGGCCACUAUCAUUUAUGAUCCCGCGCCUGAUAACACGUUUGACCUUUUGCUUCCCAAUACUGAAGCCAUACUUGGUCCGAUGACCAAUACCGAAAAGAUUCCUCAAUUACCAAAAGCUCGUGGACUUGCGGGCUCGAAGCCUCUGCGACUGGCUGGCGAAUACGGCUGA